AUGGGUAAAUUUGUAGAAUGGGAAAUAUUUAGAGAUACAGCUAUUGAGCUAAUUGGUAGCAAUCCUUUCACAUCUCGUUUAGUUGUUAAAUACAACCAUAAAAAGGAUGUUUGCAUCAUGAAAGUAACAGAUGAUAAGAAGUGGAUUAAAACUAAAAUAGUGAAUAUUAAAGAUUUCACAAAAAUUGAAUAAUUCAUAAAAGUAACAUCAAAAAUUCUUUCUAACUAAACUGAAGAUAAAACAGCAAUGGAGGAAGAAAAGCCAUUAAAGAAAAAACAUUGA